CCCCGUCCAAUGGCGGCUUUGGAUUUAAUUGUCUUGAGCCGAGGGGCCGGCCUGGCCGUCAGAUCCGCUCCGAGUGGCCCGAGCUGGCAUAAAUGCGCUCGCCGCACAGGAAUGGUGACCGCUGACCGACACGCACUUUGGAUAUUGCUGCAGCCAUGAAGGAAAUCAUGGCCCAAAAAGAGAAGCUUCAAUGCCUGAAGGACUUCCACAAGGACACGCUGAAGCCCUCGCCGGGGAAGAGCCCCGGCACCAGGCCCGAAGACGAGGCGGAAGGCAAGGCUCCGCAGAGGGAGAAGUGGGCCAGCAAGCUGGACUUUGUCUUGUCUGUCGCCGGAGGCUUCGUGGGACUGGGCAACGUCUGGCGUUUCCCUUACCUUUGUUACAAGAACGGCGGAGGUGCCUUCCUCAUCCCUUACUUCAUCUUCCUGUUUGGGGGAGGCCUGCCGGUCUUCUUCCUGGAAGUGGCGCUGGGACAGUACACCUCGGAAGGAGGGAUCACCUGCUGGGCCAAACUCUGCCCCAUCUUCACCGGCAUCGGCUACGCCUCGAUCGUGAUCGUCUCCCUGCUGAACAUUUACUACAUCGUGAUCUUGGCCUGGGGCCUCUACUACCUGUUUCAGUGCUUUCAGCCCGAGCUCCCCUGGGCCAAAUGCAAACAGCCCUGGAACACGGAGCAAUGCGUGGAGGACACCGUGAGAAAGAACAAGUCCCUUUGGCUGCUGGCCAACGGCACCAACUUUACUUCCCCCGUGACGGAGUUCUGGGAGCGCAACGUCCUGAGCAUCUCGUCCGGGAUCGAAGACAUCGGGCCCCUCAAGUGGGAUCUGGCCCUCUGUCUCUUAGCCGUGUGGGUCAUCUGCUUCUUCUGCAUCUGGAAAGGAGUCAAGUCCACUGGCAAAGUCGUGUACGUAACGGCGACAUUCCCGUUUGUGAUGCUGAUUGUGCUGCUCAUACGAGGAGUCACCCUGCCGGGGGCGGCGGAGGGCAUCAAGUUCUACCUUUACCCGGACUUGACGCGCCUGCGGGACCCAGAGGUGUGGAUUGACGCGGGGACUCAGAUUUUCUUCUCCUACGCCAUUUGCUUGGGCGCCAUGACGUCCUUGGGGAGCUACAACAAGUACAAGUACAACUGCUACAGGGACUGUUUGCUGCUGGGAGUCCUCAACAGCGGCACCAGCUUUGUGUCGGGAUUCGCAAUAUUUUCCGUCCUGGGCUUCAUGGCGCAAGAACAAGGGGUGGACAUUGCCGAUGUGGCGGAGUCAGGUCCCGGCUUGGCCUUCAUCGCAUACCCGAAAGCGGUGUCCAUGAUGCCGCUGCCGACUUUCUGGGCCGUCCUCUUCUUCAUCAUGCUGCUGCUCCUCGGUCUCGACAGCCAGUUUGUGGAAGUGGAAGGCCAGAUCACGUCCAUCGUGGAUCUGUACCCGGCCCUCCUCAGGACGGGUUACCGGCGAGAGAUCUUCAUCGCCAUCAUGUGUUCCCUCAGCUAUCUCCUGGGACUCGCCAUGGUGACCAAGGGCGGCAUGUACGUCUUUCAACUCUUCGACUACUAUGCGGCCAGCGGCGUGUGCCUUUUGUGGGUUGCGUUUUUCGAAUGCAUCGCCGUGGCCUGGGUUUACGGAGUUGAUAAUUUCUACGAUGGAGUUGAGGAUAUGAUUGGCUACAGACCCAACCCGUGGAUGAAAUGGAGCUGGACCAUCAUCACGCCGGUCCUCUGCAUGGGCUGCUUUGUCUUCUCGCUGGUCAAGUACAAGCCUUUGACCUACAACAAAGUGUAUGAAUACCCCGACUGGGCCAUCGGCCUGGGCUGGUGCUUGGCCUUGGCCUCCAUGAUCUGCAUCCCCAUGGUGAUGGUCAUCAAGAUCUUGCAAUCGGAGGGAUCCCUCGUUGAGCGGAUCAAGGCGGUGGCGGCCCCGGCCAAGUCGGGCGUGAGCUCCCGGCCCAAAGAGUACGCGGUGGCGGCGGCGGCCAAAGGCGGCGAGCUGACGCAGCCCCUGGACCCCAACGGCAACGACGGCUCGCUCAAGGCCACCCACACCAUUGUCGAAACCACCAUGUGAGCGCUCUCCGUGAGAGGAAGACCGUCCGUGCGCUUUGCGUGCUUUUCUCCCAUUUGCUGCGCGAUUCACCUUCCAGAUUCUGUGCUUUGAGAUCAAUGGGGAGAAUUAGCUAGCUAGCUAGCAAUCGAUCGAUCCAUCCAUCUUCUCUCUCUCUCAAUGUGAUUUUUGUACCAUAUCCGUCCGGCUGGUGUUUCAGUCGGCGCUGACGCUAGAUUUGUACGUAGAACUUGUUUCAUGUUUACGACCUUUCUUCUCGUUGAUUCCGGAGAGAUGAGGAAUUGUUGCGGCGGACAAAGAAGCGGGAAUGAAAUUCUCACUUCGCUUCGAUUCGGCCGACCCGACGCGUCGUCAGGUCGGCGGGCGGGCGCGGCGCCGAGGCGAAGGACGACUGCGGCGGGCGGCCGUCGCUUUCGUACUGGAGCUCGGUCGUCACGCUCACCCGAAUCGCAAGUGAUCUCGUCUGCCGGUGAGCUCGCGGUGCUUAGCGUAUAUGGCGGACAAACGCAGACCAUGUACGACGCGGCCUUUUUAGUGGAGGCGGCGAUGGAAACAAAAAAAAAAAAAAAAAACGUUUAGUGUCGACUGCCAAGGUCAGUCCCAGUGCAUUUUUUUUUUUGUAAAACCUCAUUGCACUUUAUUGCUGUCUCACCGUUCCGGUCGCGUUUGUUUUGAGUGUUGCUGUAGAACAUGCAACGCGUUUUAACCGUAUCAAUUGUGCAGUUUAUCAAUGUUAAUCAAGGCCAGUCCAUAAAAUAACGUGUAGGAAUCGAAAAUAAUGACCAUCCCCUUUUUUUUAUUCCCCCCCCCCCCAACAUCCCGAAAAGCUCGAUUGCAACAGCGGAUGUCCUGGAUUCUUGUUUUUAGGUUGUUGUUGUUUUGUUUUUGUGUCGUCAACUUUAGCCAGUCGUCUAGCAGAAUUGCACUUGUCUGUCAAUCACACAUGCCUUUUGUAACAAUUUUGUACAUCAUACAAACAUGACCGAUUGAUUACUUGAGCGAUAACUCUGAAAUGUCUUUUAAUUAGGUGGCGCGAUAGUCAGCGUCGGAGCGGCAACUUGGAAAUGCGAAAUGUUGUGAAUGAAUGAGAAUGAAAUUGCAAUACUCGAGAAAAAAAAAAUGCUCCAGACGGAGUCGCCCAUCUGCAGAUUCGCCGCAGCUUCAUCCACACAACAAAAAAAAAACUCAAUGUACCAAAGUAUGUUUGUUUGUCUCCAUUCAGAUGCACAUUGCAUCGUGUCCGCAGACACUUGGAAUAAAGCAUUUCUUGGA